AUGCCGAGUAAUGCUCGUUGUGCGGUCGGCUGUUGUGACAAUGAUAGACGCUAUCCAGACCUUUGGGUGAAGAGAUCACAUGUUGAGACUCUUCGUUUCCACAAAUGGCCAAAAGAUGAAAAGGCUGCUGAAAUGUGGCGUAAGCAAGUUUUAAAAGGCAGGAAGGAUGAUUUUAAUCCAAAUCCAGGUGCGUCUGGAACAUUUGUUUGCUCAAAUCACUUCCCAAAGGGCAAACAAACCCCAGGUAAUCCUGACACUGACUACCCAUCCAUGUUUUUAACCUUGUCGGACUACCAGAGUAAGCCCUCACAAACAAAACGUAAAACUGGGACAAAAAGGGCACUUGAUACUGACUGA